CCACACGAAAUUUGGCCUCACGCGGCAUUUGUUGGGUAAACCCCCGUUUGUAGCUCCAUCUACACAUUGUUUGUAUCUCUUACAUAUAAACGCGUUGUGCCGCGAUCAAGUGUUUUCGUUAUAAGUUUCGUGCAACACGCAAGGAGCCAUGAAGAAAUUUUUGAUUUUAAUGACCGCGGUCAUUCUUACUGCCGGACAAAGCAUCGACGAAUGUUUGAAGCAAGACAGCAUAUCCUGCGUACAGAAGACGCUGUACAGAACCGCCAAGGAGUUCUUCGCCAAGGAUAAAAUAGAGCUAGUGAAUGGAGUCAGUCUCGUGAACAGUAAUGCCAACGCCAGAUCUGCUAAAGAACUUACGUAUGAUCAAGAGAUGGAGGCCACUAAUGAUAUCACAGAGCGACAGAAUUCCCUCGAGAACUUCAUUAGCGAUGAAACUAGACAAUUUUUGACUGGUCGCAGUCUUAGGAUCAAUUUGGCAUCUGUUUUCAAGAAGAUUUACGAAUCCGCUCAUGCCAUUAGCGAAUCCGCUCCGCCAGAAAUUCGUCAGGCCGUUGACGAGAUUGUUGAAGCUCGAGGCAAGAAGAAGAAGGGAGGUCUGAAAGCCAUCCUGCCCCUUUUGAUCGCCGCGAAAGUGAAGCUCGGUCUUUUGGGAGUUCUCACAUACUUUGUCGCCGGAUUCUUAGCGAAGAGUGCGCUUAAAGCAUCCCUCCUUUCUCUUCUCAUUUCCGCCUUUAUUGCUUUGAAGUCAUUUUGGUCGGGCAAGACUUAUCACCACGACGUCACUUCUUACAAUAAUGGCUGGAAUGCUGGAUGGUCAGCUCCUGUCAGCAAUGGAUGGUCCAGUCCCGUAGUAUCCAAUGGAUGGACCAGUGGCGCUUCUUCCGGUUGGGAAGAUCCUCAUUACGCGCACAGCCAGGCAUACUCUGGAUAUGCUCAUCAUCACUAGCGACCAUCGCUGAUGUUUUUUUUCUUUUGUCUCUUCCUCUUCUUAUUUUCUUCUUCCGUUUUUCAUUGAACAAGGGACGAUGAGAAUGGAAUGCCAAGCUUUAAAUCCUCCAUUGUUCACAAUGAAGACGAUCACAUAUUUAUUCUUAUUUAUUUCAUUAAUAUAUUAUUAAAUAGUGAACAGGUCAUCUGACCCUUCCGUGAUAUACAUUAAGUAUAUAACGAUAUUCACUCACAUACGCAUAUGCAAAUAGAUCGAUAAUCAAACUGAAAACCUAGUCACAACAUGCAUGAUUAAUAAAGAUGUAACUUACUAAAUACGGAAUGCGAUAUCACGUAUGUAUUACGAUCAUCGCAAAUUCAGUGCAAAUUUUAGUGCAAUCACAAUUUAUAAUAAAAAUUCACUCAGUGCAGUUAAUGAUUCAUAGUUACAUCUAGUCCAAUACGAUGUAUUUGCAACAUAUAUUAAGUUAUAUGCUUACGAAUCUGUACGCUUUGUAUAAAAAUUUAUUAAUAAUACUUAAACAUUU